UGCAAUACAAAGACACCGCCGCUAGAGGUCUCUGCAGUCUCACUUGCAGAGACCAGAAGUUUUCUGCACACCUUUGCUGAUUCAAAUCUCAAACUUGCUGAGAAAAAUCUUUGAAGUACCAAUAAGUAUUCUGCGAUGUGCAGAAAAAAAAUCUAAUAAAUGUAAACAAUUGUAGCGCUUCAUAACCACAAUAUCCUCCAUCAAGCUCCCAAAAAAUACAGAAAGUAAACUCCGAGGAAAGGUUUUUCAGACACAUACAACCAAAUAACUAAGUGUUGCUUUGAUGAUAAAAGUUAAUAAUUUUGUGCAGUUUUUCUCAAAUUGAAUCAAGUUCUUCAGCUAAAGUUAACGGUUUUGUUUUACUGUAUUUAUAACAACAGAAAAACAGGCCACACUACAGUCAAAAUGGGAUUUUUUUUUUAGAGAAUUGAAAAAUCCCGGGAUUUUGGAAUUAUAGAAAAAGAGGAAGACUCUACGACUAUAGAUUGACAUUCUGCUGACGUCUGAAGCUGAAAUAAACCUGUAGAGGUGACCAAACCGGUCUGACAGGCACAACUGAACAUCUGCAGCGGGUUGAGAGGGGGUGGGGGGUACCUUCAUUGUCAGAGCGCGUGUCGGAUUAAUUGGGAGCUGCGUGACCAGAUUCUGCGUGAUCACGCGACACGGUGCCUUGGAACACUGACGGGGUUGAUGAUGUGACCCUCGGUGCUCCUCGCAGCUUCAUCACGGGUUCACACGGUGCGCGCGUGUGUGCGCUCCAUUCACCGAUUGGCUCAUUUGGGUCACGUGCCCUCUUCCCUGUUCCACGGAGCACUUGUCUCGUCAGACCCCACGCAGCGAGCGAUCAAACAGGAACCACAGGGCAGAUGCUCCGGCUGGAGCUGCUGGGAGGCAGAAGAACAGGGGUUCGAUCCUCGCCGGAAGCGCUGUCAUUGUUUGGUUGGACGCUGCUGAACUGACUCGGAGCUCUUCAACUGGUGUUUGGAUGCUGACACGAUGCUGUCAGGAUCUGGAGCGGAGACCGGCUGGUGAUCAGGUUUUCCUUCCUCUCAGAGGCGGAUGAGGAGCGUGCUCUGUCUCAUCUGAACUUUAGGAGAUGAACAGAUGGAGAGGAUGCAGGGAGCGCGCUUUCCAGUAAGGCCACCUUGUUCUUCAUCCUUCCACCUGACGCCAGCAGAGGUUUGGAUGAAGCGUGCCUGUUGUGAUGCGUCUCCCCUCCGUUUCCACUGACACCCGCUCGGAUUUUCCCUGUUGGAUCUGUGCGUUUCCAGAAUGGCUCGCUUCGCAGAUGAUCUUCCCAGCCGGUAUGGAGGAGGCGCGGGCGGCGGAGGGAGAGGGGGCCCGGGCGCUGGCCGAGGGGGCGCCCGGGGUGGCGGCGCUCCGGGCGGCCAGAGGAUGUACAAGCAGUCAAUGGCCCAGAGAGCCCGGACCAUGGCCAUCUACAACCCGAACCCCGUUAAGCAGAACUGCCUCACUGUCAACCGCUCCCUUUUCAUCUUCCGCGAGGACAACCUCAUCAGGAAGUACGCCAAGCGGAUAACAGAGUGGCCUCCCUUUGAGUACAUGAUCCUGGCUACAAUCAUCGCCAACUGUAUCGUCCUGGCUUUGGAGCAACAUUUACCAGCAAGUGACAAGACGCCAAUGUCAGAGCGCCUGGAUGACACAGAGCCCUACUUUAUUGGAAUAUUCUGUUUUGAGGCUGCCAUUAAGAUCAUUGCCCUGGGCUUUGCUUUUCACAAAGGCUCCUACCUCCGCAACGGUUGGAAUGUAAUGGACUUCGUGGUCGUCCUUACGGGGAUUCUCGCCACGGUAGGAUCGGAUUUUGACCUACGGACCCUGCGAGCUGUGAGAGUGCUGAGGCCCCUGAAACUGGUGUCAGGAAUCCCCAGUCUUCAGGUGGUGUUGAAGUCUAUAAUGAAAGCCAUGGUGCCGCUGCUUCAGAUUGGCUUGCUGCUGUUCUUUGCCAUUGUGAUGUUUGCUAUCAUCGGUGUGGAGUUCUACAUGGGAGAGUUCCAUAAAACCUGCUUCAAGAGCGACACUGAUGAGAGAGUAGCUGACUGGCCUUGUGGUCAGGAGGCUCCAGCCAGGACUUGUCCCAACGGAACCCAAUGCAAAGAGUACUGGACUGGACCCAACUUUGGCAUCACCAACUUCGACAACAUCUUGUUUGCGGUGCUAACUGUGUUCCAGUGCAUCACUAUGGAGGGCUGGGUGGACAUCCUCUACAGCACCAAUGAUGUGGUUGGAAACACGUGGAACUGGCUCUACUUCAUCCCCCUCAUCAUCAUCGGCUCCUUUUUCAUGCUCAACCUGGUGCUCGGCGUCCUAUCAGGAGAAUUUGCCAAAGAGCGAGAGCGUGUGGAGAAGAGGCAGGAGUUCCUGAAGCUCCGUCGACAGCAGCAGAUUGAGAGGGAGCUCACUGGAUACUUGGAGUGGAUCUGCAAAGCAGAAGAGGUUUUGCUGGAGGAGGAAGAUGAGAUUGCAGAGGAAAAGUCACCGCUGGACGGUGCCUGGUACAAGAGGAAACAGAAUCUUUCAGUUCUGAAGCGAGGCAAGAUCAAGAAAGUUAAAAAUGACUUAAUGGGUGCGGAGGAGGGAGAGGAUCCUUUCGCCGACAUGUCCUCUGUUGCUCCUCCCAGCUCUCCGUUUGGUCGGGCGAGUGUGAAAAGCAGCGGGAAGAUGGACAGCUCCUCCUACUUCAGGCGUAAAGAGAAAAGGAUCCGCUUCUUCAUCCGCCGCAUGGUGAAGGCCCAAAGUUUCUACUGGAUCGUUCUGUGCUUGGUGGGCCUGAACACUCUUUGUGUGGCCAUCGUCCACUACGACCAGCCCGAGUGGCUGACAAGAGCCCUCUACACAACCGAGUUUGUCUUCUUGGGUUUGUUCCUGACUGAGAUGACUCUGAAGAUGUACGGCCUUGGAGCCAGAAACUACUUUCACUCCUCCUUCAACUGCUUUGACUUUGGGGUGAUUGUGGGAAGCAUCUUCGAGGUGAUCUGGGACAUCAUUAAACCAGGAGCUUCGUUUGGCAUCAGCGUGCUAAGGGCCCUUAGACUUCUCAGGAUUUUUAAAGUCACCAAAUAUUGGAACUCACUGAGGAAUCUUGUGGUUUCCCUCCUCAACUCCAUGAAGUCCAUCAUCAGUUUGCUUUUCCUCCUCUUCCUCUUCAUCGUCGUCUUUGCCUUGCUGGGCAUGCAGCUCUUUGGAGGACAUUUCAAGACCACGGACUCAGGUUUUGGCAGGUUUAAUUUUGAAGAUGAGACACCAACAACAAACUUUGAUACUUUUCCUGCAGCAAUUCUCACUGUGUUCCAGAUCCUGACCGGUGAGGACUGGAACGCCGUGAUGUACCAUGGCAUUGAGUCCCAGGGAGGCGUCCGCCGUGGCAUGUUCUCCUCCAUCUACUUUAUUGUUCUCACUCUCUUUGGAAACUAUACCCUCCUCAACGUCUUCCUGGCUAUCGCUGUGGACAAUCUUGCAAAUGCCCAGGAGCUGACGAAGGAUGAAGAGGAGCAGGAAGAGGCGGCCAAUAAGAAGCUGGCACUGCAGAAGGCGUUGGAAGUGAAGGAAGUCAGCCCCAUGUCAGCUGCCAACAUUUCGAUUGCUGCUUUUGUAAAGCAAAAUCGAGAUCCGCUCUCUCGCAGGUCGUCCAUCAGCAGCAUUCAGUCACCGACUUAUACUGUCUACUGCUCUCCCCCCCGACAUAUCUUAACCUACAGAGAGCAGCACCGGUCCUCAAAGAGUAUGUCGGUGUGGGAGCAGAGGACGAAUCAGCUGAGGAGGCACAACAUGAAGUCCAGUAGCGAGGCGCUCUUCAGCGAGCUCAACCCUGAGGAACGGCUCCGGGUCUCCACCCUCCUUCAUCUGCACCCCGACAUGAAGACGCACACGGACCGGCCGCUUGUGGUAGACGGCAAGAAUGGAGACCAAACCGGCAGACCAUCUGAAGGAGGCCAGGAGGAGGCAGAGGCUCCCAGGCCGGAUGAGGUGGGGGACAGCUUCCGUGCUCAUUCCAGGAAGCAUCACCGCCAUCGGGAUAGGAAUGGAAACGGGGGGGAUAGCAGACGAGAGAGACACCACACACAUCACAGCAGGAGCCGAGAAAAUGCAGCAGAUGGUUCGAGAGAGGGAACGGAGGGCUUUGAUGCGGGGCAGGGGUGCAGGCACCACUGCCAGGCCAGCUCUCCCGAGGAGGGGGCCGGUGACGGACGCCGAGGAGGGGAGCCAGGAGGGCACCGUCACCAUCACUCUCGACCCCCAAGAGAAGGAAAUGGGAUCAUGGGAAACGGCGCUCAGGGAGAGUGCAGAGGCAGAGGAGGGGACAUGGGAGACGCCAUCGCAGAGAGGAGGGGGCGUAACUCCUGCAAGGCCAGAGCUCAGCCCACCCUAGAAGGGGGUGACUGCAGAAAGCAGGGGGUGUACAGGGAGGGGCAGGUGGGUGUGGAAGAGAACAGCCCCGCCUGCAGUCCCGUGCUACAAACGCGCAGCAGCCUGACCUUGAGCGAAAAGCAGGAGGAUGCCGACAACCUGAAGAACUCCACCAGGGCCAGCCAUGCGGGCCUUAACAGCAACGCCAUCCGCAUCCCCGUCACUGUCACCGCCCCCCCUGGAGAAACCAUCAUACCAAUGAACAACACUGACGAUGACAUCUUCCAACUGAGCGAGGAGAAGAAGGAUCUGGAUGAAGAGGAGGGAACUAACGGGCCCCGGCAGAUCCUUCCCUACAGCUCCAUGUUCAUCUUCGGACAAACAAACCCGCUAAGGCGCCUGUGUCAUUAUGUGGUCAACCUCCGCUAUUUUGAAAUGUGCAUCCUGAUGGUCAUCACCAUGAGCAGCAUCACCCUGGCAGCUGAAGACCCCGUCCAGGCCAACGCAACGCGCAACAACGUUCUUAAGUAUCUGGAUUAUGUCUUCACUGGAGUCUUCACCUUUGAGAUGGUGAUUAAGAUGAUUGACCUGGGUCUGCUCCUUCAUCCGGGCUCCUACUUCCGUGACCUGUGGAACAUUCUAGACUUCAUUGUGGUCAGUGGAGCUCUGGUGGCCUUUGCCUGCUCGAGUCUUAUGGGAUCACAGCAAAGCGUAACCAGGGGGACCAAAGGCAAGGACAUCAACACCAUCAAGUCCCUCAGGGUCCUGCGAGUCCUGCGGCCGCUCAAGACCAUUAAACGGCUGCCUAAGCUGAAGGCUGUGUUUGAUUGUGUCGUAAACUCUCUGAAGAACGUCCUCAACAUCCUCAUCGUCUACAUGCUCUUCAUGUUCAUCUUCGCUGUUAUCGCGGUGCAGCUCUUCAAGGGUAAAUUCUUUUAUUGCACGGACGAGUCCAAGGGCCUGGAGAAGGACUGCAGGGGUCAGUUUUUGGACUAUGACCGAGACGACGUGACGGCUCAGCCCAGAGAAUGGAAGAAGUACGAGUUUCACUAUGAUAACGUCCUCUGGGCCUUUCUGACUCUCUUCACCGUGUCCACUGGAGAAGGCUGGCCCGUGGUCCUAAAACACUCUGUGGAUGCCACAUACGAGGAUCAGGGACCCAGCCCAGGCUUCCGCAUGGAGACCUCCAUCUUUUACGUGGUCUACUUUGUGGUCUUUCCUUUCUUCUUUGUCAACAUAUUUGUGGCCUUGAUCAUCAUAACCUUCCAGGAACAAGGAGACAAGGCCAUGUCGGACUGUAGCUUGGAGAAAAAUGAGAGGGCCUGUAUUGACUUUGCCAUCAACGCCAAGCCCCUGACACGUUACAUGCCAGAGAACAAAAAGUCCUUCCAGUACAAGAUGUGGAAGUUUGUGGUCUCGCCGCCGUUUGAGUAUGCCAUCAUGACUUUAAUCGCUCUUAACACCAUUGUGCUAAUGAUGAAGUUCUAUGGAGCGCCAGACCUGUAUAAGUCAAUGCUGAAGUACCUGAACAUCGUUUUCACUGGCCUCUUCACACUGGAGUGCAUCCUCAAGAUUAUUGCCUUCAACCCACUGAACUACCUGAAGGAACCCUGGAACGUCUUCGACUUUGUGACUGUGAUUGGAAGCAUCACCGACAUUUUGUUCACAGAGAUAAAUACGAACAAGAUGAUAAACCUGAGUUUCCUGAGGCUGUUCAGAGCAGCUCGCCUCAUCAAGCUGCUGCGGCAGGGCUACACCAUCCGCAUCCUGCUGUGGACCUUCGUUCAGUCUUUUAAGGCUCUGCCAUACGUCUGCCUGCUCAUCGCCAUGCUGUUCUUCAUCUACGCCAUUAUCGGGAUGCAGGUGUUUGGAAACAUCGAGUUGAACGAGGAGACUGCCAUCAAUCACCACAACAACUUCCAGACCUUCUUCCAGGCUUUGACUCUUCUGUUCAGGAGCGCCACGGGCGAGGCGUGGCACGAGAUCAUGCUGGCCUGCCUCAGCAACCGGCCGUGUGACAAACUGUCAGGAACCACGGAGAAGGAGUGCGGCAGUGACUUCGCCUACUUCUACUUUGUCUCCUUCAUCUUCCUCUGCUCCUUCCUGAUGCUAAACUUGUUCGUCGCCGUCAUCAUGGACAACUUUGAGUACCUGACCCGGGACGCCUCCAUCCUGGGGCCUCACCACCUGGAUGAGUUCAUCCGCGUUUGGGCAGAAUAUGACCCAGCUGCCUGUGGGAGGAUUUGCUAUCGGGAUAUGUACAAAUUAUUGCGUUUUAUCUCGCCUCCCCUGGGCCUGGGCAAGAAGUGCCCCAACAGGGUGGCCUACAAGCGACUGGUAAAGAUGAACAUGCCCAUUGCGGACGACAACACUGUUCAUUUCACUUCCACGCUGAUGGCUCUGAUUCGCACCGCCCUGGAGAUCAAACUUGCAUCUGGGGUCCUGGCACAGAGACUUUGUGAUGCUGACCUGCGAAGGGAGAUAAACAAAGUUUGGCCAAACCUGUCUCCAAAAACUGCCGACUUGCUGGUGACGCCGCAUAAAUAUAAUGAACUGACUGUGGGGAAAGUGUAUGCAGCUCAUAUGAUCUUUGACUACUACAAGCAAAACCGAGCCAAGAAACUCCAGCAGCAGAACCCCACAGGAGCGUCCCAGAAUAAACUGGGGGCCCUGUUUCGUCCUGUCCUGCCCUUCACUCACAUCCAUGCUUCAGAGCCCCCGAUGCCAAGCCCCAAACAGCCCCUCCCACCUCAGCCUGAGCCAGUCACCAAAGCAGAGGCCCCGCCCACAACUCCCAGCACCAAUGCCGACAGGACAUCCAGCAGAGACACAUUACUGAACCAGAGAAAUACCAUAAAGCACUCCCAGUCUGGAGAUGUUUCUCAGGCAUCACAGAGGCCCAAAGCCCGGAGGAGACUGCAGAGAGGCCAGUCUGAGGACGUGCAGUACUCCUCAAAACCACAGGAACAGCUGGAACUGAGGCAGGUGGAGAUUAUUUCUGACUCGGAGAGAUUUCCGAGCCUGGAGAGCCACUGCAGAGCAGCCUCGCUGCCCCGACUCAAUGCCGAGCACCACCGGAGCCACCCUCGCCACGCCCCCGGGACCCACCUGGCACCCAUCGUUGACCUCAGUCCCAUAAAGCGCUCGGCGUCCUCGCUGACGCCUCAAAGCCACCGCGAGGUGGAGCUGAGGGAUUACGACCUGGAGCGUGACGGUCAGCUCCCGGCAGGACCAGGGCAAAUCCAGGAGGAGGAAAGGGUCCACCACCACCAUCACCACCACCGCUGCCACCGGCGCAGGGACAAGGACAGGGAAAAGAAGCACAGGUCUUUGGAAAAAGCAGCAUCUGGGCAACCAGGCAGCACCACAGACCCCUCAGCCGACGUUUUUCCCAGAGAAAGACCGAGAGAGCGGGAUCGCAGUCGCCCCCUUGAAAGAAGGCACCACUCUUCUGCAGGGGAGAAGCAGCGCUACUACUCCUGUGAACGCUAUGGCAGCAGAGAGUCCUGCCAGGCCCGGUCGGCCGGCCCCAGCCGGUCCGCAUCUCCAGGAGAAGGCCAGGACUCUGGCUCCCUCAAACAGCAGGUUAGUGGUGCGGCUAAAGUUGCUCCCCCCACUGGUACCAGCACGGCAGGUCGAGGGCGCCGGCAGCUCCCUCAGACCCCCUUAACACCUCGUCCAGGCGUGGCUUACAAGACUGCCAGCUCCUCAGCUCUGCAAGGCAGUGGUGUUGCGUCGGGACACCAGGCUCGCUUGAGCCGUGGCCUUUCAGAGCAUGACCGGCAUCCUGUGGGCCACAGCGAGGGCCUGCUGUCCAUCACCUGCAUGGGUUCAGACCCGAACUUAAACAGGCAGCACCUGGACUCCUCUCGACAGGCUCUCUUCGGAGAGUCAGAGGACUUCCAGGAUGCUUUGAGCAGCCACGGAGGAGGACGCUUUGCCAAUACUGCUGCUUCCUCCACAACCUUGCAGCGCGGUGCUGCUGAGGCUGCCACAGCCACCACCAUGCAGGGACGCGCAGCAGGCGUGCCCAACGGGUACCACUUCACCCUCGGUGUCAACGCUGCUUCUGGAAGUGGGAACAGAGGGACGGGGAACCUCAGGGAGAGGGAGAAAGACGAUUGGUGCUGAAACCUCUGAUCGGUCUGAGUGUCAGCUGGACACGGCUACAUAUGAGUGCUUUUUUGCCCCGAUGUCGGCUCCAUUCAGCAAGAACAGCAGGAGGCUGCUGGACUGAACUUAGAGAGGGGUGUUAGGAAAAAAAAGUCAGGGAGAAAUGAUGUGAAAGAAUAGAAAUAAACAUUUGCACUGAAAUUCCAGCACAUGAACGAUUCUGCCAUAGUUAAUAUAGUCACAGCAGAAGAGAAAAGUAUUUCCAUUUCUCUGGACAAAGGUGGUAUCUGGAAAUUCCGACCAAUCAGAGAGCCUCAGCUCUGAUACUGACAUGGCCGCUCACUGCAGUUUUACUUUUGUGUUUGUUUGAUCUGUCUUUUUGGGUGACGAAUCCUUUAUUAGGGCAUCAAAGUUCGGCCAUAGCAUCAUCAAACCUGAUGAUUCAUGAGCUACAAGGGAAACUACAGCUUAGUUUCUGCAGUUUUCACGGUGAGUCGAUGGAGCGAAUGCUUUCAGGCAUUAAGUGGCUAAAAAAACAAGUGCCUCAUUUACCAUAACGUGUUGAGAUGUGGCUCAGAAAUGAACUGAUGUUGCAGAAGCUCUAAAAAGCAGACAAUAGGAGGAACCCAAGAAGAAAGUGAGGAUGCAAAAAAACAUGAACAAUGUUUUAACUAAAUUCUGUGGUAGAUACAUGUGAUUUAGUCCAGUUAAUCCAAAGUAAGCUUUGUAGUGCAUGAUAGGGUUGUCACAUUUGUUGUCUGUUCUUUGGUUAAAGCGUGUGUGCUAAACAUUUGCCUUUCUCUUUAACUGUUACUGCCAGCCUGUUCCAGAUGAAGUCUCUGAAAACGGGAACAGUGCCAUUCAUGGAAUAAAUCAGAGACACAUCCCUCGUCGAGCAUGCAGUAUCGAUUUCCUGUUUGCCAUAUUAGCCUGACAAUUGCAGGCGUCCUUCCUCUCAAGCUUUGACCUGAGAGCAGAGCCGGGGGGGGGCGGGGUUUCACGUACCUGUGUGUGAACUCACAGGUCUGGUGUUGUCCCAGAUGACUGUUGACUCAAACGUAGGGCUAUGCAACAAGACGACACUUCACCUGGCCCGUAGCUUUACCCUCGGAAAGUUUCAGGCUUUCUUGUGACCAAAUUUUGUGUAUGACAACGUGUAAAUGAUCCGUGUAUUAAAUGAUGUACAGACAACACAGUCAGGCACAAAUACAGUCAAAGCUGAAAUACGGGGCAUUUCUGUGGUUCAAAGGUUGGCUGUCUGUUCUGAAGGACCACUGUUAAUAAAACUGGAUCAAGAUGUAUUUUAAAUCCUUUUAGUGGCUUUAAACUUGCCAGGAAAUUCAUAUUCUUUCUAUAUGUAAAGUGUGAGGAACAAUGUCGUUCAUUAAAGAAAGCAAAACACUGAAA